AUGGCCGUCUAUGCCCUCACGGGCUUCUCACUCGUCAGCCUGCUCAGCUUUGGCUAUUUGUCCUGGGACUGGAUGAAGCCCAGUUUGGUGGCUGAUGUGGCCACAGACCCCAUGGAGAAAUCACCGCCUCCCACCUUCACCAGGCCACCCCACAUCAUCUUCAUUCUGACCGAUGACCAGGGCUACCACGACAUCGGCUAUCACGGCUCAGAUAUCCAGACGCCGACGCUGGACAGGCUGGCAGCAGAGGGUGUGAAGCUGGAGAACUACUACAUCCAGCCCAUCUGCACCCCGUCCCGGAGCCAGCUGAUAACUGGCAGGUACCAGAUCCACACAGGAUUGCAGCACUCCAUCAUCCGCCCUCGGCAGCCCAACUGCCUGCCCCUGGACCAGGUCACCCUGCCGCAGAAGCUGCAGGAAGCCGGCUACUCCACGCACAUGGUGGGCAAGUGGCACCUUGGCUUCUACAAGAAGGAGUGCCUGCCCACUCGCCGGGGCUUCGACACCUUCCUGGGCUCGCUGACAGGCAACGUGGAUUACUACACCUACGACAACUGCGACGGGCCCGACGUCUGCGGCUAUGACCUGCACGAGGGGGAGGACGUGGCGUGGGACCAGAGCGGGAAAUAUUCCACCUUCCUCUACGCCCAGCGAGUCAGCAAGAUCCUGGCAUCCCACAGCCCCAAGGAGCCCAUCUUCAUCUACGUGGCCUUCCAAGCGGUGCACACGCCCCUGCAGUCCCCCAAGGAGUACAUCUACCGCUACCGCUCCAUGGGCAACGUCGCCCGCCGCAAGUACGCGGCCAUGGUGACCUGCAUGGACGAGGCGGUGAAGAACAUUACCUGGGCCCUCAAGAAGUAUGGGUACUAUGACAACAGUGUGAUGGUGUUCUCCACGGACAAUGGCGGGCAGACCUUCUCCGGGGGAAGCAACUGGCCGCUCCGGGGUCGCAAAGGGACGUACUGGGAAGGGGGAGUGCGGGGCAUUGGUUUUGUCCACAGUCCCCUGAUCAAGCGCAAGCGUCGGACAAGCUGGGCGCUGAUUCACAUUACAGACUGGUACCCUACUCUGGUGAGCCUGGCCAGGGGCAACCUGAGCAAUGUCCAAGGCUUGGAUGGCUAUGAUGUCUGGCCUGCUAUCAGUGAGGGUAAGGAGUCGCCACGCACCGAAAUCUUGCACAACAUUGACCCCUUGUACAACCAUGCCAAGUAUGGCUCCUUGGAGGACGGCUUCGGCAUCUGGAACACGGCUGUACAAGCUUCCAUCAGGGUUGGGGAGUGGAAGCUCCUCACUGGCGACCCAGGGUACAGCGACUGGAUACCCCCACAGACCCUGACCAACUUCCCAGGGAGCUGGUGGAACCUGGAGCGUCUCACUGAUGGCCUGAGGAAGUCCGUGUGGCUCUUCAACAUCACUGCUGACCCCUACGAGCGCUACGACCUCUCAGAGCAGCGCCCAGACGUGGUCAGGAGCCUCCUGAUGAGGCUGGUGCACUACAACCGCACGGCCAUCCCAGUGCGGUACCCUGCCGAGAACCCCCGCGCUCACCCAGACUUCAACGGCGGCGCCUGGGGGCCUUGGGCCACUGAGGAUGAGGGGGAGGAGUGGGAAGGAGGCCGGGAGUCCCUGAAAAGCAGGAACAAGAAGAAGAAGAAGAAGUGCAAGAUCUGCAAGCUGCGCUCCUUCUUCCGCAAGCUGAACACCAGGCUCAUGUCCAACCGCAUCUGA